CUCUCCCUUCGGCAACAACCCCGUCCCGAUGGUGAGGUUUGCUGCCCCAACGAAUCGCACCGGGCGUCCCAGACGCACAGAUGACAAGCAGAAUCCCAGAAGGGGCAAGAGGAAAGACCCAUCUCCCGGGAAAGACGUGGCUCCUCUCGUCGGCCUCGCGGCCGGUGCGUCUUGUAGACAGACAGACAUACACACACACUAUGACCACACAGUUACGGAGUCGUUUCAAAUUGAUUGGUUUGUGUGCGUGUAAUGAGCGAGUAGAUGUUGGCGGCAAGGACGGUGAUCUUGCCUUGUUGGACAGCCUGGAGAGGGCCAAGAGGGAGGAGGACAGACGGACGGAGGAGAUGCAGCUGCAGAUGCAGAUGCAGCAGAAGAAGGGCAAAGGCGAGAUUGGCACACGGAGACAUACACCUUUUAUAGACAAAGAGAUUCACUCAUCGCAUCGGUGUUGUGCGUACCUGCGAUGCAGAGGGCGAUGGCCGGAAUGUGCAUCUGCUGCAUCCUGAAGUCGUCGGCCUCGUCAGCUCCCUGCCCAGACUCAAAGAGGUGCGCUGCACAAGCCAAGCAAAGGCCAUGGACAACACAGAGCCUGCCUGUGCAUUUGGGCAGUACACGGCGUACGAGGCGCCGGCAGCCUCAGAGGUGCGAGAAAUCAACGAGUUCCGGCUUACACUGAGGGAGAUGACGACCAGCGUGUCGUUGAGCAUGGACAUGUACCACUGGCUCAGAUUCGGCAGACAGGUAUCAUCCAUCCAUGCCACUCACACACAGCACAGGGGGAGGGUGAACGUCUAUCGUAUCCUUUUUUUUUAAUGGGCGUUCAGGACUUUUACAACAGCGUGGUGGACAUGAACGCCAACACGGGCACCGUGGCACAGGUAGAUACAUCGAUGGGCGUCGUGCGUGCGUGCGUGCGUGUUUGCGGAUUUGCUGAUUGAUGGAGGGAUGGAUGGACGAAUGGUCGACUCGACUCGACUCGACUCGCGGCGACAGGCAGGCCCAGGAGCAAUCUGUGUAUGUGUGUGUGUCCCAGGCUUUGGACAAUCUGUCUCAGUGGGUGUCGGCGUGCGACGAGGAAACCCCCGAAGGCAUGGCGCCCCGGGUGGCCAACAAACUACACACGUUCAAGUCAAAGGAGGGCAUCUGUGCCCGUGUCUCUCUCUCUCUCUCUCUCCCUCUGUGUGUGUGUGUGUGUGUGUGUGAACAACAGAGGGAUGACUCGGCCGUCGAUCAUCUGCCGCCGGAUGAGCUGACGGAGGGCACUCCGUCAGAGGCGGAGGACCCCACAGGUCACCCCCUCCCGACAGACACAUGUACAUCUGCCAUCCACACGUGUAUGUGUGAUGUGUGAUUUAUACAGCAAUGCCAGGGGGCGCUGCAGCGGUCAAGUCGCAGCUCGUGAAAGGUGCGUGGAUACAUGUGUGUGUGUGUGUGCGUCUACGUGCGAGUAUGUGUCAGCCGAGCAGCGUCGCGCCUUCAUCACGGACCGGCUUUAUCGGCUGUGGCACGCCUACAACACACAGAGGGAGUACAUUCAGAAGCUUAUCGACGGGCAGCACCAGCCACAGGCAUGGAACGGGUCAACCAUGUCGCGUGUCUUUCGUACCACAGUGUGCUGUCGAUCCAUCCAUCCAUCCAUCCGUCUCUCAAUCAGGUGCCAGAUGAGGCCGCGCCUCCCUCACCCCCCACCCCGCCCCAGAUCUCGCCAGAAGUACACACGCCUCGAUCUACAAACACACACAUAUGCCGAGACACAUAUAGACAUACAUGUUUUGCUCUUUUGUGUGGAUGUGAUGGCUGCAGCCGUCCCCCGGCUACCCCCACUCGGUGUCGCCGCGGCUCUCCCACCUGCAGCCCGAACAAUUUGCCGACGACCCAUGUACACACAUAGCAUAGCAUCCCCACCGCUUGCAUUAAAGUCCACACGUGUGUGUGUGUGUGUUGGUCCGUCUCAUGCAUCUGAUGCAUCCGAUGCAUUGCAGCUGACGAGUGGCAAAUGCUGGAUCCCUACUUGGCCAUGAGCAUGCAGGUGCAGCAGCAGCUGCAGCAGCUGCAGCACCAAGACAGCAGUACCAGCACCACUCGGGCAGAGGCACCGGCGAGGAGAGACACCGCUGCCACUGCUACAGCUGUAGAGGCAGAAGGGGAGGAGGGCAGUGAAAACGGUCGGUGCCCACCUAAAGGUCUGCAGACGUGUGUGUACACGUACGUACGUACGUGUGUGUGUGUGCAGGUACCUCUCGGCCGGCCCCGGUGAGUGCUACGCGGAGGCGGUCGACGGCUAUUGCCGCGUGGGCGGAGAUCCUCGACAAGGAGGUGUGUGUGCGUGAGUGUGUGCGUAUGCCUUUAAUGGGCUGAUGUCCUUAUUGUGUGCGUGUGUCCCAUGCCUGCAGCGCGCGGCGGUGUUUAAAGUUCGGUCAACAGCACUGGGGCUGAGCAACAAGGUCAGUGACUGAGUGUUAGAAUGUCUGGAUACGGCUCUCUAUCUCUAUCUCUCUCUCAUUUAUCAUAUGUGUGUGUGUGUCCUGUGUUAGCAUAGGAGUCUGCGCGAGCGCUUUGACGAGCUCAAGCCGAGUCUCGCCGACGCAUACCAGCAGAUGACCGUACACACACACGCCCAUGGCAUACUCACAGAGACAGACACAACUUCAUGACCUGGUUUUAAGUGGAUGAGCCUAUAUAUUUAAUAUGGACAGAACUUUCUUUCUGUCUGUGCGUGCGUGCGUUCAGAACAUUGUCAAGAGCCAGGAAGUCAUCACGCAGAAGGAACUGAAGAGGCGACGUACGCGUGUAGUCAGCACAGCGAACAAAGGGCAGAGAGACGUGUGCUGUGUCUGUGCGCUGUGUGUGUGUGUCUGUGUGUGCAGGGGAUCAGAUCAUCCGUCAGGGAUUGGAGGAUGCGUGGAUGAAGAGACGCCGCCUCUACAACGAGAGAGAGAAAUGCACACACACGAUACAGGCAAGCGCGUGCCGUCCACUUCUUUUCCAUGGCAGACAGACAGAUGGAUAGCUGGACAGCGGGAUCCACACCCACACCCACAGCCACACGCACAUCGGCGGACACCUUUGUGUAUGUGGGUGUGUGCAGCGGUAUCGGCAGGGCAAGGCCGACUUGGUGGGCCUCCGGGCGAAGAAGAAAGAAAUCCUGCAGGCAAGCAGUCGCGCCUAUGCUUCCUCCACUGCGUGUAUGUGUGUACGGUACGGUACGGCCCAUCCCCUUCUGUAUAUGUCUGUCUGCGUGUGCACACAGGAGAUCGACAGGCAGGACGGCGUGCAAUCGACGGUCGACGACACACUCGCCAAGAUCGCCCGCAUACGGCAGCAGCUCCUGGUAAACCGGUUGAUGCACACCCACCCACACAAUACACUACACAACCGCACACCCACACAGAUAUGCGCGUGUCUGUGUGCCACAUAUAUGAUGGCUGCUAUCCAUCCGUCCACCCAUCCUUCGUCGACUUAAUCAGCGGUGUUCGGAGGAGCUGGGUGGGUACGGCUAUGUGGUCCGUGUGGACCCCUCCACAAUGAGGCUCAACCACAACUUCGACGAAAGGUGCAAUACACACCACACACACGACUCGCAGCACGUCUGUUGUGAUGUGUUGCGAUGUGUGCACAGGCCGCUGCAUGAGAUGGUCGAUCGCUAUCUGCAGAAGCACCCAGACGUCCUCACGCAGGAACCCUCACACACAGGUCCGUAUGCCGCUCAGCACACGAGGGUGGGUCGACGACACACAUGGCUGGCGCACGGCACAUGAAUGAAUGGCAGAGAGUGACGAGGACUCGGGCAGCAGCUCGUCUGCGAGCGGCGACCAGCAGCAGGGCACCGAUGAAGACGGGCAGACAACAAAGGAACACAAAGUGAGUGAAUGAGCCUGUCGGCCGUACACAUGCACGAGAUGGAUGCAUGUGUGUGUGUGUGUGUGUGUGUGUACACAGGAGAGGCGUCACAAGCGUGGCCGCGGGCAGAAGGGCGACGACAAAGACGGAGAGAGCACAGACACCAUUGCCGGCGUGAGCAGAUAGAUAUAUCAUAGACCUCAAACACACACACACACACACGCACUCCCUGGUGUGCUGGUUGGUGCCUCUGCUUUCCCUCUGUGUGUGUGUGUGUGUGUGAUUGUGCGUGCUGUACGUUGCGACUGACAGUAUUAUGUGUCCGUGCUGACCGAUCUCAUGUCGGCCUCAUCAGCCGCCACCGCCCCUCUGACGGCGACGCUCAUCGAGGCCUCUGACUUCAGAAACCUCAAAAGAUGCCUCGUGAGCAAAAGCAGAGCAGAGCAGAGCAAACCCAUAUCUCUAUGUGUAUGUUCAGCAAUUGCUGCUGCUGGGGCGGCCGUCUGUCCAGCCGUCCGCAGAGGGCACCACGGCCAUCAAGCGGAUGCCACAGUUCUACAAGACACAGUCAGCAAUCUUCGGACACAUCCACACACACGAGGAGAGAGAGAGAGAGAGAGAGAGAGACAGAGAGAGAGAGAGACCCAGCACACGUGUUCUGCAGGAAUUUCGGCCAUCUCGUUGGUGUCAUUGCAAAAUCUCUCGAUGUUUGGGUGAGUGGAUAGAUGGUGCUGUUCGUUCGUUGGUUCGUCUCUGCAUGGGGGUUGUGUCUCGGGCGAAUGUCGUCACAGGUGGGCAAGAUCGACCUCUGUGACACAUACUUUUUCGCCAGCACAAUGGGCGGCGCCGUGAGCGGCUGGAAGCACACGCUUCACAAGAAGAUUGAGCUACUCAGGUGUGGUGUGGCCUCUCAAUUCCGUCCAUUCCUCCUUCCACUGGUUGGUUGCAGCGAGAUGAAGGAGUCUCUCGUCGAGGCCAACAGGCGGAUUGUGUUCAUGCAGCGGAGGGUGGACAAAAUACUGGUGGGUGCGCCUAUUCGUCAGUGUGUGUCCGUGCGUCCAUGUGGAUUUGUGUGUCGAUGUAUGUAUGUGUCAUGUUCUUAGGAGAAGCGCAUCCGCACACCGGUUCAGCGCGAGAGGGCGGCCGAAGUGCAGACCAUCAAGAACAACGUCAUCAAGGCGAGCAUUUGAUGCAUCCAUACGUGCACGCCAGCAACACACGCAUAUGCCCGGUCUCUCUUUCUCUCUUUUGCGCGUGCGUGCGUCCGUACAGCCAUUGAUGUCUCUGCACCGAGACCGCUUUGUCACCCUCGUGGACGCCGUGCAGCAGCUGCAGGCAGCCACACACACGACACACAACACACACACACACACAUACAAUGCCACGCACGCAUUGAUGCAGGCUCUGUAUGAUUUGUGGCAUGGCUUCGGAGUCGUCAAUGAAGUGGUGGAGCGGGUCAGUCACACACACUCUCACAUCGAUCCAUAAAUGUAAUCAUCCCCUCGUGUGCAGGCGCAUGCGUCGUACGGCACGGCGAGUGGCGGGCUCUGCAGAUGGGCGUUCGAAAAUGAGGGCGCCGAGGUGAAGCCACACAACACACAAAAGCACGUGAUCUUUGUGGCGCGAUGAUGCUUACGGCAUCCAUCGGAUGCACUCAUACAUGUAUCAGGGCGGCGUAUUCUACCUGACACACAGAGAGAUCCUCGUGCUCAAGAAUGUGGUCGGUAGUCUCACAUGCACGACAGAGUGGGACAAGACUUGUCUAGAAGCAGCACACACAUAUGUGAAUGUAUCUGUGCGUGUGUCGUGUGUUUAAGGGUUUGGACAUGACGGCUCAGAUCAUCCGCAGCACGCGAGACAUCACCGGCAGAAAAGACGACGACGGCACCCUCGGCGACAUCCAUGAAAUCGCCGAGUGAGUAAGCAACAACCCAUCCUCACACAUGCACACAGAUGUCUCGCCAUGUUGAGGAUGCACGUGUUGACCGAAUGUAUGUAUGUAUGUCAGCCUGCUGGCUUCCGUGCCGGCGGUGCAUGUGCCUGAGGAGCUCACGGCUGAGGAAAGAAGGAGACGCAGCGAAGGUCAGUCGGUCAGUCAGUCAGUCAGGGGAGUCACUCAGACACCCGCAUGUACAUGUGUGCGAUUAACGAACAGAGCGUGUGCAUCGGCUGACGAUGCGCCAGCUGCGGAUGGAAAGAAUCAGAGCCAGGCAGCUCAAGCAAAGGUCAACAUACACACCACCACACAGGAUAUGCGACAGACACACAUGUACAUAUGCAUGGAUGUGUGCAGGCUGUUGACGGUCGAGCGUGUGUGGCUGCUGAGCCACCACUGGCACGUCGAGGUCAGCAAACCCAGAAACAACCGCCACAUUUCCAUCGAUGGAUGCGUGUGUGUGUGUGCGAGCGUGUGUGUGUGUAGGGAAAGGCCCGUCUGGUGCAUUUGCUGCAUGACGAGAGUGACUACAAUCGCACCGCUGAAAUCACCGAGGAGGAGGCCAUGCACGUACGCAUACACUCCUCCCCCACACAACGCACACAGAUGUGGACACAUCAACUCAACAGCCUGGCUUCCUGGCUGCAUAUGUACAGGUGAAAGAUCUGGAGUACCUCAGCAUCAUACUCGAAGGCACCCGAACAGCAGAGGCUCAGCUGUACGUGUGUACAGCAUCACCCUCUCUCUCAUCCUUUCUCACAAACAACCAUACGUGUGCGUUGUUGUGCAUCUGUGGCUCAGAUAUCCAUCCACUUCUGAGCCCUCCGCGUCCACUCUCCUGGACCACCAAGCGUCAUCCCUCAGGAAAAUGUGCCACUUCUGGCACGUGGCAAACGGAUGUAAGUUACCCUCUCCUCUCUCGUCCCCCCAAUGUCACGCACACUGUCACAUUGUCACAUCCGUCAGGCAAGCGCGUGCUGCACACCUCGCGGCCCCCGCGGAUAUCGACUCACAAGCAUUCGCUGGACCCGUUCGUGUUCGCAUAUCGUCUGUUUGGUCUCGACGAGCGACGGGAGCGGGGCAAGAAGAGCGUGCUGCUCAAGGGUGAUGAGGAGAGGAUCGAUAGGGCCAUGGAACGCAUCAAGGUACACGGCGAUGCAGACGGCUGGUUCUCAUUCGUUGUCUGUCUGCAUGUAUGUUUCUGUUUUUCGUCUGCUUGUGUUGCAGCCGAAGCUGAGGGACCUCAGUGACUGGCAGGAAGUGCUGAGGAAGGUACGCGAGAAGGAAGCUCACAGACAGACAGACAGACAGACGGUCUGUCAGCACAAUAUAUGCAUGUCUGCAGGAGCAUCAUUUCCUGAGUGAGGCGCUGACAGCCGAGGAGCUUGCAGCCUUCUACGACAUGAACGUCGACAUGCCUGGUCAGUCGGUCUGCCGGUCGGUGUGUGAUGUGACCAUGAGCAUGCACGAGCACACACCAACAUACACACACAAACAUGUGUCUCCCCACGUGCAGACUACUCUCUCCCCGUGGACCAGACCUCCCCUUCCCGCUCACCGUCGCGCGCGGCGUCCUCCGCCCCACACGAACCACUGCUAGUCGACGAUGACGGACGAAGUGAGUAGUGAGAGAUGCGAUGCAGCUUACAGAAAAACAAGGAGCGAGCGACGGAGGGAUAGGAUUUCGUGACGAUCCACUCCCUUUAUCUCUUCUCCUGCCCUCUCUGUGGUUUGGCCAGGUCUGUCGAGCGACGAUGACACCAUUAUUCGACCUAGAGGGGAAGACCGCAGCUCUGAGGCAUCCUCGCCCCCUGACGAGUCGGUCUCAUCCGUGCCCACUGACACCGAAGAGGAAAGCGAGCGCGACGAUCGGAAGCAGAAACAGCCACAGAAGGCCGCGGGGCCUGUGUCAACAGGCUAUGGCCUGGCCUUCGAUUGGGACAAAAGGCGUGAUGACGAGCACGCAAUGGAGGAGGAGACAGGAGAAGAGAUCGAGCCAAUGGAGGUCACACAAACAGAGGGAGAGAGAAAAAAAGAGUUGUGCGCGACACCGUCCUUUCGUGCAGGCCCCGAUCUCCCCCCCAUCUUACCCCAACUACUACACGAAGCGUCGCGACGCCGUCCUCAUCACAGAGAGGCCGGUCUUCAGGCAGACGGCAAAGGAGAAACUUUCCCCAAAAAAAGGAUCGCCGGGCAAGAAGGAAGUGUACGCGUGAAAAGAAGAGAUGGGGCAGGUGGUUGAUUCGUCUGUAUGUAUGAAUGUAUGUAUGUAUGUAUGUCUGCCGUCGAUGACUCAGUGAGAUCCGCGAUCGCCCGUGGCACGUGACGAGCGGCCUCUCUCGGCUUCGAGCGCACCACGGUGUGCCCAGCCCACCGAAGGCACAGAGGAAGGACCAACGGGCGCUCUCCAGCCCCGCACAAGUACCGAUUGACACGAGACCAGACACGCACGCAUCAGCCUGCAAUCGAGACACCCCCUCCCUGCAUCUCUGUGUGCUGCAGGUAUAUCAGCACCGCCGCGAGCACAAACGCAUGGAAGAGCGAAGAAAACGAAGACCCUCCUACGGCGUCGUGCCAGAGGUGGACAGGCAGACAGACAGACAGAGACACCACAGCCCCUUCCUCUUUUUUUUCUCUGUUUGUCUCUCUGUUUGUCUUUGCAUACGUGCUGCGUCAACCAAUGCUGGCAGAUUCAGAAAGAUGAGGCUGCCAAGAAGGAUCGUUCUUCCCUUUGGGGUGGGAGGGGCGGUGGUCCGGUCACAGCUGCAGCAGCAGGAGCAUCACCACUAGUGAGUUACGACCGGCGGCUGACUGUGGAGGAGGGUGAGAUCGACGAGGCCCUCCACGAUAUGAUCGAGUACCAGCUGGCCGAGGAUGAGGCAGAGGAGCAAGAGGAUUACAGUGACCAAGAGUAAGCCAAGAGAGUCCAUGCAGGGGGCCUGGUAGCGCGGCCAGGCCAAUAUAGGUUGUCAGCCUCUCUCACUCUCUCGGUGUGUGUGGGACGUUUUAUGUCAGAGGCGAGGGCGCAUACGAAUCUCAGGGUAACUACUUUGUUCAAUGCACCCACCGACCCGCCACACUAAGUGUGUCUUUGUCCGUCUGUGAUCCUGCUCUCUCUCUCUCUCUCUGUCUCUAGCCGGCCAGAUCUACUCGCGCAGGAAACUGCCGCCGCCAGGAGCAUCCCCACCCACCAAACCACGCGGCCACCAGCGGAGAGCGGCACAGCGACAAUCAAGGAGGCCACAUGAACAACAAGCCCCAGGAGAGCAACCAGAGGAGUACACUGACGAAUACGAGGAAGAGGCAUCCCCUUCUUCCCAACAGCAGUCUUCCGAACAGCAGGGCCAGACACGAAGAUCACCCAGGCGGGACCAAUGGAGAGUCACGGAAAGUGGUGUGGGUGUCGGUGCGUUGAUGCCGUCACCCAAGAGGCCGAGAAGGGUUGCAGGGACGCCCAGGGACGAGGAGGGAGCUGAGGAGCAAGACAGCUGGGAGAAAGAAGAUGAAAGCGAAGAGGGCGGGGCUGAGGGGGAAAGUGACCAGCGGAGGUAAGUGAGUAAGUCAGUGGAGUCUGUCGUUGUCUUACCUUCUAUAUACAUCCAUGUCUCUCUCUCUGUCUCUCUCUCUGUCUCUCUCUCUUUGUCUCUCUCUGUUGUGUGCGUGUUUGUAUAGGGGGCCAGAGGGGGAGGGAGCUGAGCCGUCCGUUCCUCGGUUGCGUGUGCUGCCUGCUGCCGAAACCGUCCCAGCAGGUGAUGAACCCGUAGUAGAUGCAUACACCAUACAUCACAUGCAGCGACACAGCAACACAGCCGUGUGCCUGUGUUCUCUGUAUGCCUGCCUGCCUGCAGCCUUCCCAGCAGACCUUCCUUCGUUCUUGCGGUCUGCCGAGGUGCGUGAGGACGACACUGCCGAGGCGCAGUGGAUGAGAAUGAUGGCCGCAAUGGGCAUCGACGUCACAACCGUACGCUGACACACACACACACCAACCAAUAUCCCCUUUCCCGAACACACAUGCAGAUGGAAGAUCAAGGAGAGGGAGUUGGGGCGGGUGAGGAAGAGGAUUUAGCUGGUGAUGCUGAGCGUGCCAAGACCUCGCCCGCCGUGCCGUACGUGCCAACCAAUGGGGAGAGGGACAAGGGCAAGGCCUCGGGUAUGGCCACCAAGCUGCUCGAGUUCUCGACACGUCAAGCGGGAGAUGACGACGCCUCACGUGACGCGGCGCGGGACAGAAAGCUGCUACUACUGCGGUAACCAGACUCGCACCCAUCUAUACACAUACAUGUGUUGUCGGCCACAUAUCAAUCAUAUGAUUCGGCGAUCAGGCGGCGAAAGGCUCGGUUGGCGGAGAUGCGGCUGAUAGAGAAGGGCGAGAUCGACCCGACGGCAGAGAAGCUCGGUGAGGACCUGCUAACCACCAAGGCACUCAUGGACGCAGCAGCCGCGGCAGCGGCAGCAUCCCACGCCCCCUCUGAGCGGCCGAAGACAGAGAUGGCAUCACACCAUCUUCAACGGCACAGAAGAAGGGCACGGAUAGCGCAGCGAGACAGAAAGGACCGAAAGCCGGUCGCUGCAGAUAAGGAUGACGGAGGGGAAGAAGAGCCCCGGUUCCCGGCUCCGCAGGCGUUUCCAUUUCCCCCCUCGCCGAAGCAGUCGCCAAAGCAAACCAAACCAGGCAGACUUCCAGUCGAGCCCACUUCCCUACCGCCAAUUGACCAGCAGCAGCAGGAAGGAGAGGGAGAGGGAGAGGGAGCGGAAGAAGAGGCGGAUGCGAUUGACUGGCUGAGUGUGCCUGGCAGAGGGCCCACAAGGGCGAUUCGCAAGCAGACGGCAACGCCCAAGCGGACUUCGCCCGCUAUGUCUGACGGGCUCACCCCCUCGCCCCGUUCGUCAUCCGCUGCGCUGCCCUACGUGCAGCCGGUGGAUUUGCGUGGGCAGCAGGAGGGCAUCAUCGUGCCCUGCACAGAGGAGGAAGAGGAUGAACAAAAACGAGACACCAGAUACACGUACAGUCAGCCAGCCAGCUAAUAUACCAUACCCCCGCAUACUAUGAUGCACAGAGGCCCUAUGGUAUGCAGGAUGCAUGGGCAAGGCGAGCACGAGGAGGCCGAGCAAAAGGCCGACGAGACCAUGCAGGACGAGAAUGAGAGGAGGUCCCCCGUCACUUUGGCUGAGCAGGCGGUCACCAGCCAGAAGCGGCACUUUCAGCAGCAGCAGCAGCAGCAGCGGCAGAUCCAGAGGGAGAGGGACAGCAGAGUGAGACGUGACAUGACCGCCGCCGCCAUCGCCAGUGCUGCAGAGAGGGGAGGGGGGAGGAGCGGCGUGUGGGUCAAGACGCAGGAGUUUGACGAGUCUGGGCUGCCCGUCUUGCUGCCAUCCAUACCCACCACACGCAUCACCGAAGGCCUCAGGAAAGUCAGUCAGCCAGGGAAUGGGUGGUCCCACGCACAUACAUGCCUCCAACACACAUGCACCCGCACAAAGAUUGACACACGGACGGAUGGGAGAGAGUAAGAAUGUGUGUGGAAAUAUGUCAGACCCACGAGGGCGAAUCGACGAGCAGAACGGACCGGUCAUCGCCAUCACGAAGGCCACCCAGCCGCCCCAGCCCCUCCAAGCAGCUGCAGCAGCAGAUACCGCUGCCGCCCUCCCCGCCUUCCCUACAAGACGCCGCCAUGCUCAUGAUGCGCGCCGCCCUAUCGCCAGCCGACAACUUCCGUCAUAUGAGGGAAGAACUCAGAGAGAGACAACACGUACGCUGAGCACACGACCGUCGUCCAUACGUGAUGUGUCUGGGCAUCCAUCCAUUCAGAGUUUUGAGUCGUCGGAGCAACAGAGAGAGGAGGAGAUGGCUGCUGCCGCCGAGCAGUCGCCGAUGUAUGAGGGCAGCCUCUCGGGAUCAUCCAUUGACUUGGGCAGAGACGAAGACCAGCCGGCCGACCUGGAACGGCCUCUGGCUGCCGAAAGGCUCAUUGCAGCUCUGAAAAGGUAAAGACAAAAUGACAGACGCACAAGCGGGCGUCCGCGCACCCCUUCUGCGCUGUGUGUAUUGAUUGCAGCCCCUGGACAAUGACUGUGAGUUCGCCCGACACCCUCGUCAGCUCCAACGGCAUCACGUCGAUGAUGCCGUCACCGCCACAACACCAUUAUCCCACCGACCAAACAAUGAAGAUGAUGGCUUCUCCUGAAGCCGACAUUGGCAGCACCGGCGCGCCCGCUCGGACCUCAUCCGGCAGGAUGGGCAUGCUGGCACAGGUCCUCAUGGCCGAUGCAUCAAAGGCCGCACUCAAAAGGUAGGUAUGCAAUGUCUUCGUGCGUGUCUCCCAUCCAUACAGACAAGGUGCAUCCACGCAUCUGUGCGUGUGUGUGUGUGUAUCUUGCGGCGUGCAGGAGGAUGCACCGCAUGCGAGACAUCAGCGCACUGGCGCCCAUUAGGAAGGGGAGAGGGCCGCCGGGGGUCAUUUCGUCGGUGGGGCUGUUGGGGCAGCCGAGUGGCGGCGGCGAGAAUGGAAUGCAGGGCAUCAGCAGGGUGUCGCAUCUGAAGAGAGAUGGCAACAUACUCAGCACGACUUCAGGCAGGAUGGACAAGCCGCACAAGAAGCGGGCGAUGCUUUGAUUGCAUGAUGCUGCCUUCAAGCUGGCUGGAUGUUUUCGUGCAUGACAUCCACCCUCACACACGUGGCGUGAAUCAAUGGCUGAACCACUGACUUGUGUGUGCGUGCGUGUGUGUGUGGAGAGAUGGGGCAGUCCCCCUCGAUCCCGCUUCUCUCUCUGCCCUCUUUCUCGUUUGUCUGCGGGAGUGGGUAUGGGUCUGUGCUGUGCUGUGCUUCCAG